AUGGAUGCGUUCAGCACCCACAACGAGCAACAAAACUCUGCAGAAACGCCUACACAGCACCAUUCUGGCCUUCAACUAGACGAGGCUUGCAAUGACCCGACCCAGAGUUGGCUGGAAAGGAAGCUGAGGCCCUCCAAAAUCUCAGCUCGAUACCCUAUCAAGGGCAAACCGUUACUCUUUGCAACAUGUGCAUUUGGCAGUCUCGGCGAUGCUUUAUUCGGCUACAAUUCGGGUAUCAUGUCCGGGCUUCUUGUCAAUCCAGUCUUCGUGGCCAGAUUCUACAAGGAUUACGGAGGAGCCGACGGCACAACUAGUAAGGUGAAUCCUUCCAUUACCGGCAUCUCUGUCUCGUGCUUGCAGCUCUCUGCAGCUCUGGGGGCACUCAUAGCUGGGCCAUUGGGCGACAUGAUUGGCAGGAAGAAAUGCGUCCGCCUGGGAGCGUUCAUCUACCUCUUCAGCGCCUUCAUUCAGACAUUUGCCCCUGGAUUCGACGCAUUUGUUGCGGGACGCACGAUCCAGGACUAUGGCUUCAACUCUCUCCUUCCUGGAUCAAUGUCGUGGCAGGGACCGUUCAUUAUUCAGAUUGCCCUUUCUUUUAUUCUUCUUUCCAUGUCAUUUUUCCUCCCCCAGACCCCACGUUGGCUAGCGAAACAAGGCUUCAUGAAGGAGAGCCUGCAGACGGUGGCAGACUUACACAGCAAAGGCGACGUCGACGCCCCGCAUGUCAAGAGCGUGUUUCUCGAGAUCCAGGAAGCAGUUCGAUAUGAGAGGACACUCGGGACCUCAAGCUGGAAGGAAAUGUUCACCCGCUAUCGCAAGCGUACAAUCGUCGGCAUCACUAUUCAAAUGUUUGCGCAGCUAAAUGGUAUUAAUAUCAUAUCGUUCUAUCUUCCAAGCACCCUUUCCGCGGCUGGGUUUGACGAUAGGAAAUCUUUGCUUUACACCGCCGCCAAUGCUAUACCUUAUACGGCGGCAACCAUCACGACCUGGUACCUAGCUGAUAAAUGGGGUCGACGACCUCUCUUUAUCCUGGGUGGGCUUGCUAUGGCAGCCUUGCUCGGCGUGGUGUGCGGCUUUACGCAGGCAAACCUGCCGGUCAAGAUCAAAGCCGACGGCCAGUACGCCUUUGUCAUGCUGUACAAUAUUGUUUAUGGAUUUACAUGGGGUCCAAUGCCAUGGCUGUUGCCAGCAGAAAUUUUCCCGCUCCGAGCGCGCAGCAAAGGCAUGGCCCUCGCAACGACCAGCAACUGGAUCUUCAACUUCAUCAUAGGCAUGGUUUCUCCCGACGCUUUUUCAGGGAUCCGUGGCUACUUUUAUUUGAUCAUUGCGGGAUUUUGUCUUUUCUCCGCCUUUCUUGCCUGGAGUUACCACGUUGAGACGGCUGGUCAUACAUUGGAGGAGAUUGCUAUUGCAUUUGGCGACAAGGCCUUCAUUGACGCUGAUGAGGAUGUUAUCCAGAAUACAGAUUUCGGCACCCAUGCAAACCAGGAGAAAACAAAGGUUUAG